AUGACAGGAAAGCUGCGCGUGGCUAUCAUUGGCUCACAGACGCGCUACCCCGACACGCCGAUGGCCUACACGGUCUACCGAACCUCUGUAAACUAUCAGGGUCUGUGCUAUCACCGUCUUAUUCGAUAUCGACAGUUUCGAUAUUUUGCCAAGCAUCUAAAGCUGAGCUCCGAUUCUGCACCCAUUUCCGCAAAGUUUCCACCCAAGAUCUGGUGGAGUCACAAAGCCUCUGUAAGGCCCGAGAUUGUUGAAGUCAGACAAAUACUGCUGAAUGAGUUCAUGCAGCAAGUAUGUACUCGUUCGUUGACAGCCCAGAGUAAGGAGCGACUGUUGAAGAUGCUGCAAGUGGGGAAGUUUGCGCCACAAGAAGAAAAGGACCGUGUGGUUGAUAGUCGAUUGGGUUCUGAGCAGCAGAGUGUCACUGUAAGAGAACACACAUCUGAUGAACAAGACUGCAACCACUUUUUCUCACUGAGAAAAGAAGAGGUGUUGAAUUGCGGCGAGGAGGGGCAAUCAGAAGCCUCACGUAACGACGGGAUAAAUACUGGCAGAGCGAUGCAAGUGCGUAACGAGACGGAAGACUUUCCAGCUCAGAGAUUAAACUACAGUCCUUCUGUCGAAAUGAAUACGACACCUCAUUGCUUCGUGCCGGCAUCCCUGUCAUUGGAGUCGCAGAACACGAAGUGCGUGAUGUUUGGGGCGAAUGGCGACGCGGAUGGGCUGACUUGUAACGAUGAAGAUAUCAAUCUAACCAGCAUCUCAUCUGAGUCUGUUCCUUCUCCUGAGCGCUACUACUCAGACCAAAUCAAGCAGCGGAUGGCUAGCAUCGAGAAUAUCGUGGACAGGGAUUGUGCUGUCGAACUACAAGUUUUGGGGAUGGGCAAGAGUGACCGACCAGAUCGUGUGCGACAGAAGUAA